GUAGGUUCCGUGUCGGCCGCGCAGUUGCGGGUGUCGCACCCAGCCGGCCCGGGGUCCCGAGGCCGCGCGCUUCUGCGCUCGCUGCGCUGCCUGGCAGCAGGGCCCUCCACUCCCCGCGCGUUGGUGUAAGACGGUGGCUUUCGUUACCUUCCGCACCUGCCUGUCCCCGGUGCGGCAGCGUCUCCCGCACCGUGGCUUGGUUGUCCCGAUCUAGGCUCGGCUUUGACACUUCCAGAUCGUCACCGGGGACUCUUGACUCGCCCUAACGGUGCUUGGAGCUGCCCUGUUUCCUAGGGCGUCUUUCUGCGGAGGCCAGAGCCUUGGACACAGCCUCAGGGCCUCCCGCGGUGCGCACUAUUUAGGCGAACCCGGUAGCAUUUAUCUAUAAGACCAAGAGGGUAAAGUAAGGUGGCAGUUCAUCUCUGCGUUCCGUAUUUCUAGACAUGGAUCAAAAACUGUUAAAGUUGGUAGAAGAGCUCACAACUUCAGGAGAACCCCAACUGAAUCCUGAGAAAAUGAAGGAACUGAAGAAAAUGUGCAAGUCUUCAGAGGAGCAGCUCAGCUGUGCCUACCGCCUGCUGAAAACACAGCUGACCCAGGACCAUGCUGAGGUCCGCCUGUCCGCCUUCCAGAUCGUGGAUGAGCUCUUCACCAGGUCUCACCAGUUCAGGGUGCUGCUUGUUUCUGACUUCCAGGAGUUCCUGGAGCUCACACUGGGCACCAACCAUGAGCAGCCCUUGCCGCCCCCCAGAGAGGCAGCCCAGAGGCUGAGGCAGGCAGCCCUGCGCGCUGUGGAAGGGUGGAAUGAGAGGUUUGGUGAGGCCUACAAGAAGCUAGCCUUGGGCCACCACUUCUUAAAACACACCAAAAAGGUGGACUUUCAGGAUGUAAAUGGGAGGACUCUGGCAGAAAGGCAGCAAGAAGAGCAAAAGCAGAGGCACUUGGAUAGAAUCUACAGAGAAAGAGCCAAGCAGGCCGAAAGGGAAAUGGAAGAGAUGUCUGCAGAAGUUGGGUGCUGUCUGACGGAAGUGGAGAACUGCUUCAGGCUGCUGGUGCCUUUGGACUUUGACCCGUGCCCAGAAGCCAGCUUCCUUGAUGAGGGUCCCCCUGGUUCCUUGAGCUCAGACUGGGAAGUCCCUCACUGGUCAAGCACUCCUGAUGCCCCAGAUGAGCCAUGCUGCAGCAAGGACCUGCCCGCCUCUGCAUACCACCCGGGGGCCACUGGUGCUGGGGAGGGGCCGCCCCAGGCAGCCACAGGGGACCCCUUGGAGGACGAGGAGCAGCCGUGCUGCAGCAAGGACCUGCCUGCCUCUGCGCAACACUCAGGGGCCGCUGGUGCUGGGGAGGGCUGCCAGGCAGCCGUGGAGGAUGCGCCCCAGGACGAGUGCAGCGGGGAGCAGUUUGUGCGCAGCCAUGGGCUGGGCUCACACAAGUACUCGCUGGACGUGGAACUGCCCUUGGACGGUCUGAAGGUGCAAGAGAAUGAUGACAAUCUUGCUGUCCUCCAUGCUGCCCGCGAUGCAAUCAAGCUCAUCCAGAACAAGUUCCUGCCAGCUGUGUGCUCCUGGGUCCAGAGGUUUACCCGAGCAGGGACCCAUGGUGGACACUUACGGUGUGCCAUCGACUUGAAGGCAAAACUGGAACUUGCGCUGAGAAAGUAUGAGGAGCUUCACGUGCAGCCUGAGUGGGGACCAAGGAGCAAGACUGAAGCCCCAGGGGACGAGGAGGAUGAGGAGGACGACGAGGACUUUGUGGAGGUGCCGGAGAAGGAGGGCUAUGAGCCCCACAUCCCUGCCCAUCUGCGGGCUGAGUAUGGGCUGGAGCCCAAAGCCCCUCUGCAGGCUCUGGAGAAAGAUGCAGCUGCACAGGGCUCACAGGCGAGGAAGAGGACGAGAAGGGACGAGGAGGCGUCGGACCCCACCUCUGCUGCUGCCCAGCUGUGGCGGCCCCACGACUGCCUGCCUCCUGUCCUACCCUCCUCUGUCAGGGCUCCACUGGGACCCGAGGAGGCCCAGAAACUGGCGGAAGAGCGGGCCCGGGCGCCCGUGGUACCCUUUGGAGUGGACCUGUGCUACUGGGGCCAGGAGCAGCCGGUGACCGGGAAGAUCCUCAGAUCUGAAUCUCAGCACCGUUUCUGGAAGCCCCGGGAGGUAGAAGAGGAGGUGGACAGUGCAGAUGUGCCUGCCGUGUUCCAGAGCCGCCGCAUCACCUUUGCAGGGAAGUUUGAGCCUGUGCAGCACCGGUGCCGGGCCCUGAGACCCGAUGGCCGGCUCUGUGCGCGCCAGGACCGGCUGAAGUGUCCUUUCCAUGGGAGGAUCAUCCCCAGAGAUGAUGAGGGGCGGCCCCUGGACCCAGAGGACAGGGCCCGGGAGCAGCAGCAGCCACCACACAAGCAGUCACGCCCAGACUGGCAGGACCCGGAGUUCAUGAGGGACGUGGAGGCAGCCACAGGGGCAGACCUGGGCUCGUCGAGGUACAGCCAGAAGGGCAAAGGGAAGCGGAAGAAGCACCCCAACCUCACGGACCUGCGAGAGCGAGCCAACACCAGCCGGGCCCGCCUCAGGAAGAAGGUCUUCGCCAAGGCAGCUGUGCGAAGAGUGGUCACUGCCAUGAACCAGGUGGACCGGAAGAAGCACGAGAAGUUUGCAAACCAGUUUAACUAUGCGCUGAAUUAGAGGCUGUGCCGUGGCCCUUGAUCGUCAGCUCUUCUUCCUCUGCCAGCAUGGGGGAGGGAGUGUGGGUGUCCAUCUGGGAAGGAGCCUUUCUUGUGUGUGGUCAACAUCAGGAAAUGGUGUGCCAAGAUGCCCUGCAGUGGGGGCCUUCACCUGCCUGGGGGCCACCACCACCUGGUUGCUACGUGUCCCCUGUGGGGCAUCCUGUGGUUCUCUUGAGCCUGUGCACUGGGCGGUGUGGUCAGAGCCCAUGGACGGGCCCACGGUCGGCACCUCCUGCCCUCCACCCACGCUGCACCCCCCGGAGGCAGAGCAGAGCAGCUCUGGGAGGCCCACGCUCUGUCACUGUGCCCGCAAUGCGAACUCAACCCUGGUGGAGGCCAAGUCCAGGCCUCGGUGGCCCUAGUUCCCCCGCAGGGUGCUGAGGAGGCUCCUGCCCCCUGCGGAGUGUGGCUUCAGGGGCAGUGCGGGCUCACGCGGCUGCACUCCAGAGCACUCUGCUGCCCUACAGGAGCCGCUGGCCCCUUCCUGCCCGGGUCUGCCUCUGCCUUUUCUGGACAUUUCAGAUAUGGAGUUGUUCACAGGUGUCCUCGUCGCGCUACUGCCCCUUGGCGGAUGUUGUCAGACCCGUGGCACCUCAGUCCUCCUUCCUUUGCAUCACCUGGAGCCGAGAGGCUCCUCGGGUGUUCCUCUUUUGACCUUUGGGGUAUUCCCACGUUUUGGCUGUUGGGAAUAGCACUGCUGUGAGCGUGUGUGGACAAAGGUGGACAGAGGUGGUCCACCCAAGGGAUACACCAGGGGGCAUAGUGACUCCAUGCCCCACCUUUCAGUGAACUGCCAGGCCCCCUUCCAUGGGGAGGGUCUCCGUCCUGCACCCGCCAGCAGCCCAAGUCCCACUGCCCUGCUUCCUUACCAAGCUCAGGGUCACCUGACUUUUUAGUUUCUCGAGUCUUUGUGGACGUGAAGGGUUUGCUCGUGUUCAGAUUUGCAUCUCUGUAAUAACCAACGUUGAGCAUCUUCUGUUCUUAUUGGCCAUCUGUAGGUCUUCUUUGGAGAAACGUCUACCCAGAUCUUUCCCGUCUUUAAUGGGGUAUGUGUCCUGUGUUGUGAGAGUUUUGCAGAGAGUCUGAAUACCAGGCCCUUGAUACUUGCUGAUACCUCUUGCCCCCUGCCUUCUCGCCUUCUCGAUAGCACCUUUUAAGAGUCAUCAUUUUGUUGAAGUCCAACGUGUGUGUGUCUUUUUCUUUUGUUGCUUGUGCUCUUGGCGUCACGUCUGUGACGCCAUUGCUCAUUUCAGGUCACAAAGAUCCGCUCUUCAGUUUUUUUCCUAAGACUUUCCUAUUUCUAGUUUUUAGUCCGGUCUUGGGUCCAUUUUAGGCUGAGUUGUGUAAGGUGUGAGGUGGCCCGCCUCCUCCUCUUGCCUGGGCCUGCCUGGCCCCCAGUCUACAGUCCUCUCUCCGGCCCAUCAGCACUUUGCUGCUGCGGUGCUGCGGCUGCGGUUGAUUCCGUAUUUGGUGAACAUGAGUCCUUCAGCUUUGUUCUGUUCAGUGUUUUUGGCUAUUUUUGGGUCCUUUGCAUAGAAUGAAUUUUAGGAUUAGUUUGUGAGUUUUUGGGGAAAAAAACCCUACGAUUUUGAUAGAGAUUGUAUUCAGUCUAUAGAUCAUUUGGGGAAAUAGUCCCAUCUUGUCUUCUGAGUCAUGAAUUUUUGAUACCUUUCCAUCUAAUUGUCUUUAGUGGUGUUUUACAGUUUUAGUGAGUUUUUAUGAGUGUUCAUACAAAAUUGAAGCUGGCUGCAGUGGUGCAUACCUGUAACCCCAGUAACUGGGGAGGCUGAGGCAGGAGGAUUUCAAGGCCAGCCUCAGCAGUUUAGUGAUGUUGGGGAGCAGACAGAUGUGAGCGGUGGGAACAGGAGGUUAAGGGGAUGACUCUAUAACAUGGGCCCACUGUGCCGACCCCCACAUGCUUUCUUUUCUAAGAAGCAAUUUACCUGCAACUUUGCCUGGCCGAAGUGGACAGGAUGUGGCACAUUUCUCAAGAAACUACUUGUUACCUGCAGGAGAAAUGCAGGCUCAAAAUAAUGUUGAUGAUGGGGCUGGGGCUGAAGCUUAGUGGCAGAGCGCAUGACCCUUAGUACAACAUAGAACACCUGAAUAAAAUAAAGGCAUUCUAUUCAUCUACAACUACAGAAAAAAUAAUAAUAAUGUUGAUGAUGAGGGCGCGGUGGCCACGCUGGGUAUCCCAGCAGCUCGGGAGGCUGAGGCAGGAGGAUCGUAAGUUCAAAGCCAGCCUCGGCAACUUAGUGAAGCCCCAAGCAAUAUAGUGAGACCCUGCCUCUAAACAUAAAAAGGGCUGGGGGUGUGGCUCAGUGGUUCAGUGCCCCUGGGUUCAAUCCCUGAUGUAUUAAAAAUAAAAUUAAGGAUUUAUGGUUAAAAAUUCAAUUAGAAAUAGUGAGCAUGGGCCAAGGUGACCUAGAGUUAUAGCAGUUAUAGCAGUGGGUCUUGAAAGAUGAUGUUAUCUGUCAGUCAAGGUGGACUUGGGUGGGACUCUCUAGAAACUUCUCUGGAUCCCAAGUAAAACUGGAGCCUUGAGAGUGCCCUGUCCCUUUUCCUGUCCCUUCAGUAGGCUCACUCCUGUUGACUCUGAGCAGCAGGGUCUGGACCUUUCUACCGAUCGUGGGACUGGGGCCUGCCCUCCUCCUGCUCUCAGGAGCCCUGCCCUGGAACAGCAAGACCCUGCAACUCAGUGGGACCCUGUCUCAAAGUAAAAAGUGAAGGGGCUGGGGUGAUGGCUCAGCGGUAGGAUGCUCACCUAGCACGGGUGGGACCCGGGUUCCGUCCUCAGCACCCGUAGAAAUGAAGGCAUUGUGUUGUGUCCUUCUACACCAAAAAAUAAAUAUUGAAAAUAAAUAAGUAAGUAAAAAAUGAAAAGGGGUGGGGAUGCAGCUCAGAGAGUAAGCACCCUGGGUUCAAUCCACAGUGCCAAAAAAAAAAAAAAUAAUAAUAAUAAUAAAUCAUUCCUAAGUGUUCUUUUUGAUGCUAUUAUAAAUUUGUUUGCUCUCUGAGUUCCAUUUUUCAAUUAUUUGUUUGUUGCUAAUGUAUGAAAAUACAACCGAUUUUUGCAUGUUGAUCUGUAUCCUGCCACCUUGCUAAGCUAAUCUGUUGGUUCUAACUAAGUGUGUGUGUGUGUGUGUUUUCCAAACGCUUUUUUGUGCACAGUUGUGUCAUCUGCAAACGGGGAUCUUUUCCUUCUCCUUUGCAGGCUGGGUGCUUCCUGUGCCUGUGUCUUGCCUAAUUGCUGGCUGGCACCUCCUGCCUGGUGAGGACCAGACCUGGCAGAGCAGAGGCCCCUGUCUUGCUCCUGAUCUCAGGGGCGGCUCAGCCUUUCCCUGCUGAGUGUGACGCCAGCUGUGUUCUGUAGCAUCACAUUUCCAGAGCGAAGUCCCCUUACUCCUGAUUGUCCCUUUGUCAUGAAGGAUCGUAUUUUAUCAAAUGCUUUUUGUUUCACUGCCAAACGCUUUUUCUCCAUUCUCAAGAUGGUGAGAUGGUCUUUCCCCUUCUCCUGAUCAGGCUGGGGCCUCCCGGGUGCCUCGUGGGUGACACUCUUGCACUCCUGCCCUGGGGUGGGUCCUCUCCUUGUGCUGCUGGGUCUGUCGGCUGGUGUGGUGCAUCUGGAUUCUUAGGGGACGUUGGUUUGUCAUGUUUCUUGUGACGUCCUUGGUAUCAGGGUCUUGCUGGCCUCCCAGAACGCGGUGGGAAGUUGCGAGGACCGGUCAUCAUCACUCCAGCCCUGGUUGGGGUUCACCAGCAACGCCUUGGCCCUGGGCUUUGUGAGACUCCUUAGCUGGUGGUGACCUGAGUGCAUGGAGCAGCUCACUCUGCCCAGGAGCCGUCCUGCCCCCUGGUGACCUGUGCUGGGCGGGACUGCUGCUGCUCACGUCUCCCUGUGCCCAGUGCUUGGAUUCUCUCCCCUGCUCUCGCCCCUUCCUCCCUCCUUCUCCCUUGGUCAGUCUGGCUAAAGGUUCAUGACUUUGUUGUUCAUUCAAAGACAUGACCACUGGUUCUGUUCAUCGUUGACUUUUCCGUGCUUUAUUCCACUGAUCUCUACUUCGACCGGCACCAUCUCCUCUGGGUGCUUUGGCUCUAGUCCACUGUGUGUGUUUCCUGAGACAGAAGAGUCGCUUCCUGGCUGCAGCCCUCAGUUUCCGUGUCUACCUGGGCUCUCCUGUGAGCGCUCCCGGGUGCUGUGUUCCUGCACUCCUGUCCCUUUUCGCAGUCCUGGUGGCGGAACCCGGCCUCACACAGCGAGGCAAGCGCUCUCCCACUGUGCUGUGCCCUAGCCCUUUCUAAAAUCUAAUUUUAAAAAAGAUGAAAAGACUUUAAAGCACCCUGAAUUCAUUUCCUAGUACUCAAAAAUAAAUAAACCUGGAACCUGG